AUGGAUAUUUCAAAUGGACAUUCAAAAGGUCAUUUUCAUAAUAGAAAGUCUAAAUUAAAUGAUCAAUCUUCUUCUGAAGAAAUAGUGGAUCGUACAAGAAUUUACAAUAAUAAUCUCUUGGCAAAAAAUAUACCUCAAUGUAAAAACCAUUCUCAUAAUCAUAAUUUAGAUCGAAUACGACCUUUUAUUUCACGCGAUUUGAAAGCUAUUCUUUCAGAUACUCAUGAUCAGAUAAUUGAAGAACACGUACAAUCUGUAAUAAUUACUUAUUAUCAACAAUGGAAAUCUAAAGAUGAAAUUGUUCAAAAAUUGUUACCAUGGUUAGGUGGAUCAACUGAGAAAUUCCUGGAUGAAAUAUUUAAAUUCAUUGAAAGUGGCCUGAAGAUUGAUCAAUGGGACAAAAUAGUGACAUAUGA